AUGUUUGGUUUACAGAAAUUCGAUCAAUUUUUGAGAGGACGUCGUUUCACUCUGGUAACUGAUCAUCAGCCUUUAAUUACUAUAUUUGGUCCCAAGCGCGGUAUGCCGACUACAUCAGCCAAUCGACUUCAACGAUGGGCAAUCCGUCUAAUGGCAUAUAGUUACGAUAUUGAAUAUUGUUCUACUACCCGAUUUGGACAUGAUGAUGGCCUAUCCAGACUUCCCAUUGGAUCAGACUUAACAUUUGACACUACCAGUGCUAGUGAAGGGCAGGUAGUUGCUGCUAUUCAACAAGAAUACCAGGCGGACUUACCUAUUCGUGCGAAACAGGUCGGUCAAGCUACUCUCAAAGACAAUGUGCUUUCGUUAAUAUACCACUAUACUCAAGAUGGUUGGCCGGAGAAGCAUCCGACCGAAUGUCAAUCAUAUUUCAAAAUUCGAUAUUAA